GCCUCUUGGGUGCUGACUCUUUUCGGGCUGCUGUCAGCCUUCGCGGAGCAGUCCAAUUCCGAUACUGCGCCCGCGAUGCUGGUUCUUGCAAACAUCCUGCGGGUGAUCGCCACUCUUGUCGUUGGCUCCUUCAUGGGCUACGCUUGCAGCCUGCUGGUGCAGCAGAGAGAAUGGCUGGCCAAAGAUGACGGCUGCUGCAAGAUUGCGUUUACGAACAAGCCAGUGGAGGCUUAUUUGCUGGUGCUGGCGGUUGCGUUGGCUGCUUUUAGCUUGGGCCAGGAGAAG